AUGUCUCAAUUGGGUGGGGGAAAACGAUGGAAUGCUUCAGAGUUGAUCGAAAUUUUAAUUUACCUUAAUAAUAAUUUUAGAGAUUGGUAUGAAAAUUCUUAUGGAACUUGUAAUAAAGCGGUAGAAGCCACAAAUAAUUCUCGAGGUGCUAAUUCAGUAUAUUGUAAAGUUCAUAAGAUGAUUAGAGCGAUGGAUGAUUAUCUUACAACUGGUAAAAAACAAACUCGUGAUAUUAUUUGGAAGGAUCAAUUGAUUUACGAUUUGAUAAAAAGAAUUCAUAGAAAAACUAAAGAAAGAAAGGCAAGAGAAGAAAAUGAAGAAGCUAUAAAGAGAAGAAAUUUAAGUUAUCGCAUUAUUGAAGAUGAUACUGAAAUGCAAUUGGAAAAUAUAAAUAGUCAAAUGACAGCUGGGACAGAAUCCACUAGUCAAUUGAAAAUUGAAGUUCCACAACUACCUUUUUCAGUUGAUACUAUCGAUAGCCUUCGUAGUGAACAAAUUCUAAAAACCGAACGUCAUGCUCGAGAAUUAGUAGCAUUAUCAAAAGAAUCAAUUGAUGCUAGACAUAAAGAAGUUCGUGAAUUAACUGGAAAAAUUUCACAACAUCAAAUUGAACUUGAGAAAAUGAUUAAAGAAGCCAAUGAUAAGUUAGAAAAGUUGAAAGAUGUUAAUAGCUUUAAUGACUGA